AUGCCGCCAUUAACGGAUCAAGAUCGCAGCUCAACCGGUCGCGGCCAGAACGUCAGCCAUCCCGAGCGAUUACAUCUCCUGAGGAAUCCACGGUUUCCAGGGCAGGCCGAUGUUUUCUGGACGGCAGCUAGAGCCGAUGGCCGCGGAAUGGGAAUCAGCUGUGCCUUGGGCAACAUCUCACUCUUCAGGGGAUUUCCAGUCUCGGAGUGGAAAGAAAUGGAGGGUAUAUUUGAAUCCAAAAUGAGAUCUCACAAACAGCUCUCCUUGAAGCUUGAGGAUGUGCGAAAUUACCCAAUGGUGAGACAAACCGCUAAAGAUAGAACACCUGAAGACAGGCGGAACCGACGCCGGGAGCAGGUGAUGUUGGUACAGAUGAAAGCAUUUUCGGGAACGGCCGUAUCUUAUUUGAUGAUAAAUCCCCCACGAGGAUGUUCCGUGCCUAUUAAUACGAGGCGGCUGCUGGGGCUAAGUAUAGGCUCAGGUUCACGGUGUAAGUUCCUUUGGUAA